AUGGUCGUUGCUGCUACUUUCGUCACCUUGAUCUGCACUCGCUCCAUCACCAGGUGUGUGUCGAUCUUUUUCGUGGAGUUCCAGAUGCAGUUCUCCACAGAUUACUCCACAACAGCAUGGAUUCACUCCCUUCUGGACUGCACCACUAUGCUCUGUGGAAACCGUCUGUCCACUCGAGUGGCAGUGAUGACAGGAGGACUUUUAUCUUCUCUUGGACUCAUCCUCAGCUUUUUUGCCCCCAGUCUUCAGUUCCUGUACAUGUCUAUGGGAAUUCUCACAGGUUUGGGAUUUGCCCUCAGUUACACACCAGCCAUAGCAAUAGUGGGAACUUAUUUCAACGAGAAAAAAGCUAUGUCGUACGGAAUCGCCAUGUCUGGAAGAGGGAUUGGAAUCUUCAUCCUUCCUCCUCUGAUUCGCCUCCUCAUCGAUCUGUACUCGUGGAGAGGGGCUCUUCUUGUUUUAGGGGGUAUUAUUUCAAACUUGUGUGUCUGUGGUGCUCUUAUGAGGCCAGUAGUGGGGCAAAGUGAAGGUAAAAUGGAGAAUGUAAAACCGAUCUUGGAGGAACCUGAUGUUCAGGAGGAUUUGAAAACAGUUUCUUCUGAGGAACCUUUUUUCCCAAUAAAACAUUUAAGUAAAGAAAGAAGACCGAAAUGCUGUCGUUUUUCAUCGUCAUCAUACAAGUACAACUUUCUGCUCAAACCUGACUUCCUGUUGCUCUCAUUGUCGUUGCUGUUCAUGGCAUUUGGCUGCAGUUUGCCGUUCGUGUACCUGGUUCCGUAUUCUAUCAGCGUGGACCUCAGCCAUCAUCAGGCCGUCCUCCUCAUGUCCAUCCUUGGGGUUAUGGGAAUUGUGGGUAAUAUUACAUUUGGAUGGAUCUCGGACAGGAAGUGUUUGAGGAGGUUCCGUGUGGUCACAUUUCUGGUCCCGGUGGGUUUCGGGGGACUCGGUUGUCUCUUUGUGCCGUUGUUAAAAACUUUUCCUGCACUCGUGUCCUUUUCCGUUUACUACGGCUUCUGCGACGGGGCCUUUAUGGCUCUCAUCCCUGUGGUCACCUCUGAUGUUGUAGGCUCCGCCCACCUGUCCGUAGCUCUGGGCGUGGUUAGCUUUUUACACGCCAUUCCGUACCUCAUCAGUCCUCCAAUAGCAGGUUGGCUGUUGGAUCAAUCCGGCUCUUACACAGCGCUCUUCCUCCUCAGUGGACUUUCUCUCCUCUCCAGUACCUCCAUCCUGACUAUUCUGGCGUUACUGCGCCACUGCUGUAGAGGGCGCUGUGUCUUCACUGACCAACCCUCAGCAGGCCUGAAGCAGUAGCAACUAUAGAACCUAUACUCACUACACUACACAACACAACACAACACAACACAACAUUUACUCACAACACAACAUACACCAACAACAACAACACAUUUACUCACAACAUGAUUAUUAAUUAAACGAAAGCUAUAUUGAUGUUUUUGUGUUCACUAUUAUUAAUAAUUAAUUAUUGUCAUUAAUAACAGUUAUGAUGCUACAACUGUAAUGUUUUUACAAGGUCUCUGUCCAGAACCCUGGUUUUGACAUCAUGUUGAGGUUAUGACCUUCUGUCAACAUUAUUUUGAAUGCAGGGGAAAAGUAUACGUGUGUGUG